GUUAGCUUUAGUUAGGGUCCUAGACUUUGACACAAAGCAUCAAGAUGUCGUCCAAGUUCCUUCUACUUUGUCUUUUUGGAUUGCUUGCUUUAGCGUUGGCUGUUCCUGAUGCCGUUGAAGAAAAGGCAUCGGAUGAUACCGCYGACGAACAAGAACCUGCUGACAUUCCUCAGUCCUCUGAUGAACAAACCGAGGAUGAACCCGAAGAAUCGGACGCUGCGGAUGAAAAAGAAGAUCAGCCGGAGCCGAAGGAGUUAGCUGAGACUGACAACCAAGACGAGAAUGCCAACGACCCAGCUCGUAGGUMCCUGCGUCGUAGAUGGUUGAUAUUCUGCACCUACUGGCUCAGAUACAAACAUUGUCGCCACUUCUGCGUCAUCCACGUUUCGUUCUGGGGGAGAAGAUUCAUCAGAAGAAGACGUUGCCAUCGAUUGUGCUGUGACCGUUUGCGAAGAAUCCGGUACGUGUGUGCGAUUUGCUAUAGAUAUUGCUACCGCUACGGGCGCUUUUGGAAAAGAUGCUACACUAGAUGUAUCCRCCGUCGUCGUGGCUAGACCGGCUCUUGGAAUGGCAAGUGGAAACGAACAACAAACUCGUUUUUAAGACAAAAUUUGACCUCAUAAAURAAUGAUAACUGCUACUGAGCAACUCCUCUUGUAAAACCGCUAUGGUCUUAAUUAAAAUAAAAGCAUUUUAAAAAAGAAA